CAAUCAAAAUCUGAUAACUUUUUUGAUAAUUGUGCUAUGUGAUAACUAAUACCAUACUUGAUAUGUAAGAAGCGUAAAGUAUUUAUAUCAAAUAAAUCAUCUUAGACUCAAUAAGAAAUUGUUUUUCUCUUUAUUGCAAUGGAAAGGAAUCCUGGUUGUGAGCUAGAUUUAGGCUGGUUGAACAAUGUAUAUAUCAAUCCCACUGCCGUGAAAGAAUCUAUUUUCAAUAUAAUAUCUGACAAAGAAAUAACUAACGAGCAUGAAGCUGCUUGGUUGUUGAAAGCUGUGACAUGUAUAGACCUUACAACAUUGGGUGGAGAUGAUACAAGGAGUAAUGUAGCUAGAUUAUGCAAAAAAGCUGCACAUCCUAUACGUAAAGAUAUUUUAAAAAAAUUGGGGUUUGGAGAAGAAAAUAAACUUCCUAUUAGAACUGCUGCGGUUUGUGUAUAUCCCUCAAGAGUUAAAGAUGCAGUAGAAGAAUUAGAUAAAUUGAAGGUAUGGAAGAAAGUGAAUGUUGCAUCAGUGGCAACUGGCUUCCCAUGUGGUCAAACAUCAUUCCAAACACGCCUUGAUGAAAUAAAACAUGCUAUAGAACAAGGUGCAACUGAGAUUGAUGUAGUGAUAAAUAGAACUCUAGUACUUACAGGCAAAUGGCAAGAAUUGUACCAAGAAAUUCAACAAAUGAAAGAAAUUUGUGGUCCUACCAUUCAUAUGAAAACUAUUUUAGCAGUUGGGGAACUUGAUUCUUUCAAUAAUGUCUAUAAAGCUUCCCUUGUUGCAAUGAUGGCAGGUUCAGAUUUCAUUAAAACUUCUACAGGCAAGGAAUCAAUAAAUGCUACACUUCCCUAUGGUUUGGUGAUGGCGCGGGCUAUUAGAGAAUAUUACUUGAAAAUGGGAUACAAGGUUGGGUUAAAACCUGCUGGUGGUAUCAGAACUAGUAAAGAUGCUAUCAGUUGGCUUAUUAUGGUGAAGGAAAUUUUGGGUCAUGAUUGGUUGAAAAAUGAUUUGUUCAGGUUUGGAGCAUCAGGUUUGUUGGGUGAUAUAGAGGCGUCCCUAUACACUUUUGUUUAUGGCACAAAACCUGAGCCAUACUUUUUUUCUAUGGGUUGAACAGAAAUUUGUUACAUUUAUGUUUACUCUACAUAUUGUUGCCAUAAUCUUUUAUACCAGUUUAUAUUAUUUUGGUUUUUGAAUAUACUAUAUCCACAGAA